CCCCUUUCUCGAAGGGCAGUCUCCUCUUGGCACCCUCACGGUCGAUGCGACCCUGUGCAUAUGCUCACUCGCGAUAAGUCGACGAUAUAGCUAGCGACAAGAAGCAACAACACGGCAUUGAUUUGAGUAUCUAAUGCAACCAUGAAGUGUGGCGGAGGUCUAGGUACAGCCGGUCCAACGACAGAGAAAACACACCUUUGGUAGCACCCGAGGCGCUGAUGGGCGUCGAGCGCUCCGAGUCGUCGUCGGUCUUGAGAGCCGACCUGAGGGGCAAGGCAGCGCCGGCACCGCUGGAGUUGGGUGUGGACGAUGACAUGACCGAGCCACAGGUAACAACAGUUUUGGGGAUUUGGUGGUUAGGGGCCAGCGAGAGAGGGCUUGGCGGGGUUGGUUCCGGGGUGGAAGGUGAUGAAGGUGAAGUUGUGCAAGCAAACCGCGUCGGGUCUGCGAGGCGCUAUCGCUAGAAGCUACUCGAGGCUUGGCGUCCCAGGCUUGCACUGUCGUCACCUUGUCGGGAUGACGAGAGGGAGAGAGAGGAGAGAGAGAGACAGAGUGGGCAGUUCCAGGAUUGCGGUAUCGAGAAGUGUGGUGGUGGUGGUUGGUCUAGGUAUCCACGUACGGCUGUCCCACAAACAGGCUGGCGCCGAGAGCGCGGGCAGGCGCGGCCCAUUCAGGCCAAACUGCCAACAAACAGGGUCCUGUCCCCCCAUCACAGUGCACAACCGCACUCAGCCGGUAUCACUGUGGCACACCUCUACCUUUUCAAGGUUCCCAGCCCUAUCCUCUCCAACUGUCUGCCGGCCUCUACCUCCAUCUGCCUCCUUCCCGUCUUCAAGGUCACACGAGCGCUCAGCAAUCCAGAGACAGGCAGCAGCUACUUUUAGUGGGCAGCUAAAUCGACCCAUGCUAGAUACCGCCGAGGUCACUUGACCCUGCCCGGGGCCUGGAUCCAAGCCACUGCGCAGAGUCUUCGUCCACUCCAGAGCUCUCCGACACCACGCGGACACCUCCCUAUCUCGUCUUGCCCCCGUGCAAUUCUACCAAGGGUAUAAUUAUCGGGAGUUCGACCUGUCAUCCUUGUGAACCUUCUUCAGUGGGAGGAGGAGGAGGAUCACCUCGUCCUGAUGGUGGGGGGGUUUCGACAGCCUCAGGGAAAUGACGUACCCAGCUCUGCUCUAGUGGGGUGUGGGUUCCUGUUCAAUUAGUUGGUUGCUGGCGCACCCGCCCCCGGCCCCUUUCACAUGAUAAACACGGAUGACACUGCGAAUAAUCAGCUCCAGCAGUGCUAUCAGCC